AGUAAACAAAUUAUAAAACCAUGCAGCUUGGCUAAUGGAAGUGGUUUGGUUAGUGGGGCUUCUUGAACUAGACUGACCUUUUGUUUCACGACCCCCCCCCCUCUUCUCAUCCUGUUCAGCUGGCUGAGGUGGUGAAUAGCACCCAUUUAGCAAGACAUACACUACUGGGUCAUCAUGGCAUCCAGGAAGGGAAUUAAGAGGAAGGCAGUUAGCCAAGCAAACAAAGGGCCUAAGAAGAACGCUAAGCCCUCAGGGAAGAAAAGGGCAAGGCCAUCAAAACCUGUUUCUUCUAAGAGGCCCUCAGAUACACGGGGACAGGGUAGGCAGACCUCAUCCGGGGUUUCCACUCGCUCCCGCCCAGCGGCCAGCAGGGGGGAUACACAAGGCACUACGGUACCCAUGGGGCACGCAUUAGUACCCUCUACAUCUCAGGGGACGGACAGGGCAGCCCCGCUUCCAGGCAUUUCUGAGUUGAGUGCCCAGAUCUUUAACGAUUUGGCAAGUACUUUUGCUAGAUUGGCCAACAGCUCUGCGGCCAGUGGGGCAGCUGCCUCCUUUGAGGCCACAGCCGCACCCCCUGUUCAGCCAGCUAGGGAGCAGGAAGAAGAGGUUUCUUCACAGGAGGAAGAUGAGGAUGAGGAAUCCAGUUCUUCGGCGAUCGAAGAGGCAAGGGAGACUAGCGUCAACCGGGGCAAGAAGACAACACGUAAGGGAUCUCGGCGGCACUAAACAUGGUUCAAAGGCCCGGCAUCGAUCCUCCAGACACCGUUCCUCCUCCUCCUCUUCAUCUACACAUCCCAGGCGUGGACAACGUCAUCGCGGAUGCCCUCUCCAGGAUGCAGAUGGAGAGGUUUCGGCAACUGGCACCUACAGCAUCCUUGGUUCCGGAACCUUUUCCACAGGAGCUUUGGGCCCUUGGGAGAACGCAGUCGCGGAAGCAGUGCUAGGAUCGCUGGCACCAACAACUCGGCGGGCUUAUCAGGGAGCCCUCCAGGCUUUCUUUGGAUUUCAGGAGGCUCAGAAGGGCCAGGCGGGCCCUACAGUCAGUGAAACUUCCCUUUUGACUUAUCUCGCCCAUCUGCGUGAAAUGGGGCGUUCCCCCACAACUAUGCGUUCUCAUUUGGCAGCAGUAUCUUUUUAUUGCAAAGCCUCUGGCAUCCCAGACACCACAGGGACCUUUUUGGUCCGGCAGGCCAUAAAAGGGUGGGUGCGGAUGACCCCUAAGGUCAAGGACACGCGGCUGCCUAUUUCUCUGAAACUGCUCGCAAACAUCUUUGCGACCCUCCCUCACAUUUGUUCAUCUCCCUUCGAGAUCAGUCUUUUUAGGGCAGCCUUUAGCUUGGCCUUUUUUGGGGCCUUCCGCAGCGGAGAGAUUGUCUCUCCUUCACGGGUUGACUGUGGUGACAGGCCCCUACAGGUGGGUGAUGUCCAGGUGUGUGGCCAGACCCUAUUGGUCAGGUUACGGCGUUCCAAAACAGAUCAGCUAGCAAAGAGCACGUGCAUUUCCAUGCAGGCCUCCGCAACCCCGGGCCCUUGUCCAGUUAAGGACAUGGCUGCCUAUUCGAACAUUCGCCCACGUAAACAGGGUCCCUUCUUUUUACACGCGGAUGGCUCUUGCCUCUCGCGCUAUCAAUUGGCAGCAAUUUUACGGCUUUGCCUCUCAGCCAUACAUCUCCCGGUAGCAUCCUAUGGCUUGCAUUCGUUUAGAAUUGGGGCGGCUUCCACGGUAUCUGGCCUAGGGGCCCCAGUCAGCAGGAUAAUGGAAGUUGGCAGAUGGCGUUCUAAGGCCUACAGAACCUACAUUAGGCCAUUCCCCCAACAUUAAGGCAAGUUUUCAAGUUGGUAAUUUUGAUUGUUGUUAGUUCU